AGUAUAUGCGGUGACGGUUCCAAGUCCGGAUGUGCCAACUGUCUGCCCUGGUAACGCCCGGUCUUGCCUGCGAGCCUGAGGGCCUGAGGGCCUGAAAGCCUGAGAGCCUGGGAGCCUGCGGGGUUAACGGGAGCGGGCCGGGCACGUGAUGCGUUCCUCGCGAUGUCCCGACAAGGGCGUCAGGGCAUCCGGUAUUCGUUCAAAAGCGCCCCCUCCGGCCCAGCAACCAAAGAUGACACCUAUUCGUCUUCCUGUACUGCAAGAACUUCUCCCGCGAGGCUGCCGUGUCAACAAGAGCGACCAUGGUUAAACUCGAAGCAUUUGCCGUUGAGCAAUGGAUGGACAAGUACGAGACGACAGCGAAGUACAACAUCGCGGAGACAUGCAGCGCAUCAAUCUCGAUAGACGACCUGAGGGAGAUAUCAGACGAUAAAUCUACCAAUCCAUUGGCGCUGUCUACAAAGAAACUCACCUACGGUCCGAUCCGUGGUUCAGACGAGUUGCGCCAGAAUCUGGCUAACCUUUACUCGGUCAAAACACCAUCUCCUCUACCUCGAGACCAUAUCCUCAUCACUGCAGGAGCAAUUCAAGCAAACUUUUUGCUUCUGUAUACGCUGGUCGGACCAGGCGACCAUGUCAUCUGUCAUUAUCCUACCUACCAACAGCUCUACGCCGUGCCAGAGUCUCUGGGAGCGGAGGUGAGUUUGUGGAAAUCGAAAGAAGCAGACGGAUGGAAAUUAGACGUGAAGGAGCUGGAAGCGCUCAUCAAACCGAACACGAAAUUGAUCAUCCUCAAUAACCCCCAAAACCCAACCGGCGCCGUUAUUCCCCGUUCGACUCUCGAGGAGAUCGUUGAGAUCGCUGGGUCUAAAUCUAUCACCAUACUCUCUGAUGAAGUCUACCGACCUCUUUUUCAUUCCAUCAGCCCUGCCGAUAAAGAAUUCCCGCCCUCGAUACUGUCCCUGGGGUACGAGAAUACUGUGGCUACCGGCUCUCUGUCCAAAGCGUAUGCGUUGGCGGGGAUCCGUGUGGGAUGGAUCGCAUCACGCAGCAAGACUAUUAUCGAAGCCUGUGCUUCUACAAGAGACUAUACUACCAUCUCGGUCAGCCAGAUAGAUGAUGCAGUUGCGCGUUUCGCCCUGGCUCCAGACUGCGUGAGCAAUCUCCUGCAGCGGAACAUUGGCCUAGCAAAAAAGAACUUGGCCCUACUAGAAGCCUUUGUCGAAUCUCACCGCUGGGCGUGCGACUGGGUUAAGCCUGUGGCAGGCACAACCGCCUUUGUCCGCUUCAAUAAAAUGGGAAAGCCAGUGGAUGAUGUCGCAUUCUGCGAGAUGCUGCUGGAGCGUACCGGAGUCAUGUUCGUGCCCGGUAGCGCAUGUUUUGGCCAGGGAGAAGAUUUCAAGGGCUACGUCCGGAUUGGCUUCGUGCCAGAAACGCAGGUGUUGGAACAGGGACUAGAAGCUUUGAAAGCUUUUCUAGAAGAUGGAUACGAGGAUGUUCCUGUGCUGAAGAAAAAAUAGUCUUCUUCGAUUGUGCAGCUAGUGGAACUGUCGUGGGUCUAGAAUCAUAUGCCUAAGUAUAUAGUGCAUGACAUACGGAGCACAUAGCAACUCUAUAUAUUUCCUGUCCUGGAUUCUAACGCGUCAAGAAUCUAUAUAUGAGCUUGAGAUAUGUGGAACGUUAGUCUAGAGGCUUUUCAGAAUAUAAAAAGAAGCUCAUUACCU